AUGACUAAUAAUGUUGAAAUGAGUGAAUCGAUUCCUAUGGACGAAUCGUCAAAUAAAAUUCAUCAACAAAAAGAAGACGACGAUGAUCAUCGGCAAUGUAUUAGUGAAUUACGUUCUAUUUUUCUUCAAGUUCAUCGUUGCCAACAAGAACCAGAUAAAAAUGUAAGUCUUCAUGACGUUUUAUCUUUUCUGAAUCUUAUUUAUUUGAAUGAGAAAAAAAAAUAUACGUCUCUUUUUCCUUGUCGGGAAUAG